AAGACUUGUUAUUUAAAUACACUCAUUCAUUCUUUCUGCAGUCAUGAGUAUAUUUCUGAAACUCCCUAACAGAAACUCACUUUCUUCCCAAUAAUUUCUUGCACCUCGAUCAAAAUUUGUUAAAAAUGGCGGAACCCAUGAGUAGCACCCAAGAAACCAAAGAAAACCCAGAUGCUCAAUGUACUUGGUACUGUCCAGAAACUGGAAUUUAUAGCAGUAAACAUCCUGAAAUUCAACUUCCAGAAAACCCAUUUCUAGAUGUUGUUUCCCAUGUAUUUUCUUACCCCAAUAUUAAUGGAAAAUCUGCUUUUAUUGAUUCAUUAUCUGGGCAUUCAAUCCCUUUUUCGGACCUUUUUUCGUAUGUGAAAUCCAUGGCUUUUGGGCUUCAUGAAAUGGGAUUGUCUAAAGGUGAUGUAGUAUUGAUUCUUAUGCCAAAUUCUAUCUAUUUGCCUAUAAUUUUUCUGGGUGUUCUUUAUUUAGGCGGCAUUGUAACUCCCAUGAAUCCUCUGUCUUCUUUCUCUGAGGUGAAAAAACAAAUACUUGGUUGUCAUGCAAAUUUAGCCUUUUGUUUUAGUGAAAAUGUCCAAAAGUUGUCAUCUUUAGGCCUCAAAACUAUUGAAGUGCCUCAAGAUGUUAAAAUUAGUGCAGAAACCCAGAAAUUUCCUGACUUUUUCCGGCUCAUUUCUGGUAAAAAUAUUGGGAAUGUUUCAUUUACAAAGCCUAGAAUCAACCAAGAUGAUAUUGCAACAAUAAUGUAUUCUUCUGGUACUACUGGUGCUAGUAAAGGUGUUAUACUUACUCAUAGGAAUCUUAUAGCAAUGGUAGAACUAUUUGUUAGAUUUGAAGCUUCACAAUACAAAGAAAUGAAGAGCCAUGAGAAUGUUUGUUUGGCUGUUUUGCCUAUGUUUCAUAUCUAUGGACUUGCACUCUUUGUGUUUGGUUUAUUGUCUUUGGGUACAAGUGUAGUUGUAAUGAGAAAAUUUGAUAAAAAUCAGGUAGUGGAAGUGAUUAAUAAGUAUAAAGUCACUCAUUUUCCUGUUGUCCCUCCACUUUUAGCAAUUUUGAUAGCAAAAGCAAAGAGUUUAAGUGAUUGUGGAAGUGUUAGUUUAAGUGGGUUAUGUAGUUUGAAGCAGGUUUCCUGUGGUGCUGCUCCUGUGACCAAUAAAGUUAUUGCAGAUUUCUUGGACACUUAUCCUGGUGUUGAUUUUAUUCAGGGUUAUGGCAUGACUGAAUCAACAGCAGUAGGCACUCGCGGGUUCAAUGUAAUAGGGAAGACUCACAAGUAUACUUCUGUAGGUCUACUGGCUCCAAACAUGGAAGCAAAAGUGGUGAAGUGUAAUACAGGUUCAUCCAUGCCUCCUGGGGAGGUAGGAGAACUGUUGUUGCGUGGACCGGGUGUAAUGAAAGGUUAUCUCAAUAACGAAGCGGCUACAAAACUAACAAUUGAUGAGGAAGGCUGGCUACACACCGGGGACAUAGCAUAUUUUGACCUUGAAGGUUACCUUUACAUCAUAGAUCGGUUGAAGGAUAUAAUUAAGUAUAAAGGGUUCCAGAUUGCCCCUGCAGAUCUAGAAGGAAUUCUGAUGUCCCACCCUGAUAUACUUGAUGUUGCAGUAACUGGUAUUGCUGAUGAAGGAGCUGGGGAGAUACCAGUUGCAUUUGUCGUGAAGAGGCACGGAUGCUUGCUUUCUAAGGAUGAAGUUGUCAAAUAUGUCGCAAACGCGGUGGCUCCUCAUAAGAAAGUGAGAAAAGUGGUGUUUGUGACUUCAUUACCAAAGUCAGCUGCAGGGAAGUUGCUCAAGAGACAACUGAGAAACUUUCAAAUUUCCAAACUCUAAUGUUUCUUGCUCAUUUAUACCAAACCUUAGGUUAUAGGUUGAAAAUAUAUGCUGAUAGUGAUCACAUAGUUUAUAUUAUUGGUCGUACGACUGCACGACUCACGAGUGUUAUAUAGGCCUCAACAACCUCCAGACUCGACAAUCGCAUUCGAGAUUUAUCACUAUGAUCAUAUGAUCUUCUUGAUUGAGCUAGUGUGUAAUUGGUACUCAUGUAAAUGUUGUUAUUAACUACAAUAAAACUGAGCUCUAUCAUAUUUACCUUAUACAUGGGUGAUUCUAUACUUGUUUACG